GCAGGCUUUCGUUCUCUCUCUCUCUCUCUUCUGUCUCUCUAGCGCUGUCUCGCUGGCUGUGGAGGUUAGCGAAGAAGGAAGGGGUUUUGGGAUUAGGGUUUGGUGGUUUGCACGCAUUUGGAGACGGCUCUGCUCGGAGAUCCAGGUUUUGAAUUGGACUCUUGCGAAGCAAUUCUAGGGUUUGUACUUUGUAUCGUUUUCUCGCAUUGUGUUGUGCGGUGCGUGCAAUUUCUUUAGCUUCGAUUGGGGUUUAUUCUCGAUCUAGGGUUAUGUUCUCUUCUCGGUUUAGGUUUUUCUCCUAAUUCUUUAUUUGCUGCGAUCUUGUUGAGUUCGCUCAGAGCGUAGGAUCUGAGACCAAGAAAGAGGAGGUUAUUGGGGUUAUUGACCGACCAAAAAAAACGAAAAUUUUCUAGGGUUUGUGGUUUUGUUCUUGGGGUUUGUAAGGGUCUGGGGGUUUACAUUGCGUGGAUUGGGUCAGGAAAUUUGUCGUGGUUAGGGUGGUCGCAAUCGUCAUUUGUCAUUUUGUCACUUGAAAUCGCUUAUUGUUCUACUAUAUUUUAGCUUGUAAAAUUUGUGGAUUUUGAAUUUGGUAUUGCUGGAGAAUAAAGAAGAACACUAUUGUAACGGAUUUUUUUUAUAAAAAAUUUGGCAUUUUUUCAAGCUGGAAUGCUAUUGAAGAGAACCGAACAAGUGCCACUGUUUUCGGCUUAAGUAUUGUUUUUGAGAUCAUUUUUGAAGAUACAGGAAAAUAAGCCAAUUGGGUAAUGAUGGAAAUAUUGGGAUUUAUCUUAAUUUGAUAAUUGAAUUGGAUCUUUUUGCAUGAUUUAUCAGAUUUGGAAAUAUAGGAUUUUCUAAGAUUGAUCCGGAGGGCAUUGCUUUUUGUCACAGUUGAUAUGUGCUGUUAUUGGGGGUUUAUCUUAUGGCACCAACUGUUCCCAUAGACUUCACUGGACAGAAGGAAUCGAGGAAGUGUAUGCUUUCACAAAUGAUGGGGAAGUCACGGAAGUACUCUAAAGGACAUUCGACUGGUUUUGUAUCGGAUUACCGGCAUGCGGUUGAGACAAUGGGUGAAUCAGAAGGGCUCGGUAGCUCUGGGCGGGUUGAGACGGAGAUGACGGUUUCUGAGGAUUCCUACGCCCCAAAGAGGAAAUGCAUUAGCUUGAACACGGAUGGUUAUGAUGGUUUUGUUGUACCUAUGCAAGUUUUGUCAUUUUCUAAGAUGUCACGGUCUGAAAGGAAGGAUUUGGAAUUAAGGUUGAAAAUGGAACUUGAACAGGUCCGUACCCUUCAGAGGAAAGUUGAUAGUCUGAGUUCAAAUGUUGUUGUAUUGUCCCCAUCUAGUGAUAUAAGGAGCUGCAGUGAUGGGAAAAAGAGGCCUCCGCUAGAGAGUUUUCAGAGGUCAUCUGAAGUAUUGGCCCCACUUGGUAAGAGAAAGGCUCCUGUGGCGCGGAAUGGUUCUCGAGCUAAAAAAAGUUCAUCUGGGCGUUUUGAACCGACAAAACUGGCUGCAGUAGUGAGCACUUCAAAUGCUUUGUUGAUGGAAAAAUGUAAGAUGUUGCUAGAAAACAUGAGGUCACAUCAGUUUGGUUGGGUUUUCAAUGAACCAGUGGAUGUUGUGAAGUUGAAUAUUCCAGAUUAUUUCACUGUUAUUAAGCAUCCAAUGGAUUUGGGCACCGUGAGGAGUAAGAUGACUUCAGGUGAAUAUGCAAGCCCAAUGGAGUUUGCUGCUGAUGUGCGGCUUACUUUUGCAAAUGCUAUGACUUACAACCCACCAGGAAAUGAUGUACAUUUUAUGGCCAAAACACUCGGUAAAUACUUUGAAGCAAGAAUGAAAGCUAUUGAGAAGAAGCUUCCGGUGACCACUGAUGAGCAAUCAGUGCCUUCAAGAGCCGGUGAUCAUAUAGAAAGUGAAAUAACUAUGCAAAUUCCACCCGCAAAAAGGAAGAAAACCAUCCCACGGGAUGACGCUAGUGUUAAGCCAGAGCCUGUUAGGCAGAUAAUGACUGGUGAAGAGAGGCUGAAACUGAGCACAGAAUUGGAGGCUUUGUUGGGAGAGUUGCCUGAAAGUAUUGUUGAUUUCUUAAAAGAACAGAGUGCUGGGCAAGCCAACGAGGAAGAGAUUGAGAUUGAUAUUGGGGCUCUCAGUGAUGAUACCCUGUUCAAACUAAGGAAGCUUUUAGAUGACUAUAUGCUGGCGAGGCAGAUAAACCAGGAAAAAGCCGAACCUUGUGAAAUUGAGCUUCUUAAUGAGUCUGGGGUUAGCAAUUCAUCAAUGCAACUAUGCAAUGACCAGGUUGAUGAGGAUGUAGAUAUCGUCGGCGGUAAUGAUCCGCCUGUUUCAAGCUACCCUCCAGUGGAGAUAGAGAAAGAUGCAGCCAAUAGAAACAGUAAAUGCAGCAGUCCAAGUAGCUCCAGUAGUGAAUCGGGCUCUUCAUCCAGUGAUUCGGAUUCAGGCAGUUCAUCUAGAAGUGAAUCAGUUGCUGCUAAAGCUUCAGUUCCUGUUACUGCUGUUAAGGAAAACUUGGGUUCUGUAGCAAAUUUAGAUCAAAAGAAAAGCGAUCUUGGUGAUUCUGAAGUUGAAAAUACUUCAAUAGAUGGGGUGGGGCUAGUUGAGCAGGAUUCUCAGUCCAAGCCAAUUUCUGCCGAGGCAGAUGGUCGUCAAGAGGCGGAGAGUGCUCCAUCUGAGAGGCAAGUCUCCCCCGACAAGCUUUAUCGUGCAGCUUUAUUGAGGAGUCGUUUUGCUGACACCAUACUUAAAGCUCAAAAAAAGGCACUUGAAAAGGGUGAAAAGGGUGAUCCUGAAAAACUACGACUCGAGAGAGAGGAACUUGAAAGGAAACAGAAACAAGAAAAAGCUCGAUUGCAAGCUGAAGCCAAGGCUGCUGAAGAGUUUCGAAGAAAGGCUGAAGCUGAAGCCGCUGCCGAAAUUAAAAGGCAAAGGGAACUAGAGAGAGAAGCUGCACGUCAGGCCUUGCUGAAGAUGGAGAAGACCGUUGAUAUCAAUGAGAACAGUCAAUUCUUGGAACACCUGCCAAGUUUCACUGAAGAGACAAUCCCAGACGUUUGUCAAGAUGGGUUUGGUAGUUUCACACUUCAGGGCACUAGUAACCCCUUGGAACAACUUGGACUAUACAUGAAGGCAGAUGAUGAGGAAGACGAGGAAGAAGUUGAACCACUGGAGAGUGCUCCAGAACCAGCAAUCGACGUCGAGGAAGGAGAAAUCGAUUGAUCGAUUGAUCGGUAAAUUUCUUUCUAUGAGUGAGACUUGAAAAUGGUCAGCCAGUGGAACACUGACCAUGCAUGCACCUUGGAUCUGGCUUUCUGAGCCAAUCUCCUGUUUGAUGGUGGGCUCAUACCUUUGAACUGAAGAUGGAAUGCCACAAGCAUGGUGGGUGAGCAGCUAUGGGUUUGGUGAAAUUUGGGUUUGGGUUCAAUAUGAUAAAUAUUUGGUUGUGGAUUGGGAUGUGGUGUGAGAGGUUUUGGAACGUAUUGGUAUAAAGAUUGCUUUGUCACCCAUGAAGGAGGAUGUGCUUUUGGGUUUUUGAUAGAAGAAGAGCUGUACCAAUCAGGAUUAAUUCAAUUUUUGUCUGUAAAAAUGGAAAUUCAUAUAUGUAGUCUGUCAUGUGUUACUUUUAGAUGUGCAACAAUUGUAAAAUAUUCAAAGCCCAAAGAAAAUGGCAUUUGCUCACUUCUUCCUGACA